AUGCGCGAUUUACCAACUGCUAUUCCACGAGGUUCGUGGGUCCUUGUUACCGGAGCGAGCGGCUACACUGGUAGCCACGUGGUAAUUGAGUUUCUGAAGCAAGGAUACAAUGUGCGCGGUACGACGAGGGAUCUAAGCUAUGGCAAUUGGCUUCUUGAGCAUCCUUCCGUGAAGCCGUUCGCAGAGCAAGGAAAGGUGGAAUUGGUCGAGGCCGACACGACAAAACCUGGAGAUUUCGACGACGCAGUCAAGGGAGUUUCUGCAGUGGUUCAUCUCGGAAACAUCGGAGAACUCACACCAGACCCAAACGUGGCAUUUUCAUCAGCUGAGGAAGUCGCUUUGUCCGUUUGUCGAUCAGCAGCCAAAGAACCAUCAAUUAAACGCUUUACUCUUGCAGCAGGACUAUGGACUUCGGUGUGGUGUAAGCCUGGGGAGACGAAAACGAUUAAUCAGCAAACCUGGAACGACGAUUUAGUCAAGUUGGCAAAAUCGCCACCGCCAUAUGAGUUGAGCCGUAUGCUGGCUGUUUACCUGGCUGCUAGAGUUGACGCUGAGAAGGCGGUUUGGAAGUUUGUCAAGGACGAAGGACUAUCGUGGGAGGUCAAUAGUGUCAGCCCGUGUUGGCUAUUGGGUGAGCCGUUGCAUCCGAGACAUUAUAUCACUAUGCCGUUGCAGCUACUGCAGCAGUUGUAUCUCGGUAAGACGGACGCUCUCAAGGAGAACACAACAGUGUACUACACUCACGUGUCGGACGCAGCCGUCGUCUAUGUCGCAGCUACUAUCGACCCAGACGUCAAGGGCGACCGAAUCCCAGUACUUGCCAAGUCCUUCAACUGGAAUAAUGCCCUAGCAAUAUUGCGCGCUUCAUACCCCGAGGAAGACUUUGAGGAGGAUUUCAUUCCUGGAGAUCCAGUUUUGUCUUACAACAUCGAGAAUCAAACUGGGCCUGAAUUAUUGCAGAAGUGGGCGGGAAGGAAGUGGAUAGGUCUCGAGCAGGGGGUUACGGAAACGAUUGACUAUUCUCGAAAGAUUGGCAACUUGGAUUGA